CCUGGGGACACCUGGGGACACCUCGGGACCCCUGGGGACACCUCCGGACCCCUGGGGACACCUCGGGGACCCCUGAGGACACCCCACCCACACCGGGGGUCACACAGUUUCCCCAGCCCCGGGGCGUCCCGGGACAAGAGGCGCUUUGGGGUCAAAUGCGGGGGAAUUGGGGUUCAGCCGGUCAAUGACGGCCCCCCCGACCCCCCAGUUUAUUCCCUUUUCCCCAUUUCUCACUCCAGAAGGGGCUGCGGUGGCUCCUGGGAAUAUGCUGGGAUUCGCUUGAUGCUGGGAUUGGGUUUGGAGUGAAUUAGCCUUGGAUCGGUGCCUCGUUAGGGAGGGAUCCUGGCGGGAUUCCUGAGGGAUAACUGGGGAGAGGUAAUGCCAGGAGCAGGGUCGGAUCCCGCCGGGAGAUGGAGAACAGGUUUGGAUCCCUGGUCCCCGCUGGGUGAGGAGGGAUGAGGCGGGAUCCCCACCGGAUGGACAACAGGGACAGAUCCUGGAUCCUGCAGGAGAACAGGGGAUGAGACCAGAUCCCAGACUCCAGUGGGAGAUGGAGGACAGAUCCUGGGUCCUGCAGGCAGGUGGGGGAUGAGGCUGGAUCCUGGUGGAUGGAGGAUCCACCAGGGGAUGUGGGACAGUGUCAGAUCCCAGCUCCUGCCAGUGAAUCCCAGUGCCGUGGAGGCUGUCGGUGAGUUCGGGGUAAAAUCGCCCACUUUCUAGUGUGUCCUGCGGCCCCCUGGAACAUCCCGAGGAUCCUGGUGAUCCUCACUAGGGAGGAAUUUCCCAAACCCGUGGAUUUCCCCCGGCAGGAGGUGCCAGUGCCCCUCAGGUGCGGAGCUUCUGAAGUACCGAAAAUCCCCAAUCUUCCCCUAAAAUCCAGGUGCUCCGGGAUUCCUUGUGUCAGGAAAAUGAAUCCACAAACACCAGAUGUUUAUGUCCAAAAAGGAGACAGAGGAGUCCUGUUACUUCAUUCGAAUAAAGGGAGAGGCCCUGAGGCAUUCCCCUGGGGUUUCCCAAAUUGUUAGAUGCAGCCUCCUUUUUAUUUCCCGGCCACAUCACCCUCUUCCUUUUCCCCGUUGGCUGAGGUACUUGAGAUGUACAGAAUUCCCGAAUCGCUUAAUACAGACCCCCUUCUAAUGUGUACCCCCCCUUUUUCUUUUCCUGUGGAAUUCAUGGCUCCCCCCUUCGCUUCUUUCGCCUCUCAGUAUCUGGCUUUUACCUAUCAGCAGACCCAUAGUUUGUUUCUAAAGACAAAUCCAUCUCAUUCCUUUCACCAGGAAGCCCUGGGGCGGGGUGGGGAGGUUUUUAGUCAGAGUGAUUUACCCAAAUCGCGGUCAUUAACUUCAAUGCCGGCGAUUUACCCAAAUCCCGUCGAUUUACCCAAACGCCGGCGCCUUCCAGUCGGGAAGGGGACGGCGCAAACUCCUCCUGGAGCUGGGCCAGGGCGGUUCCUUCGGCUGCACUGGGCACGUGCAGCGGCCUAGGAAAACUGGGCGUACUGGGACCCAGCACGUGGAGCUCCGUCCAUCCCCGAACCGCGGGCACCAGGAGCAGCGGCGGCACCGGGAGCAGCGGCGGCACCGGGAGCAGCAUCAGCACCGGGUACAAGGAGGUUGGGAGCACUGGGAGAGAGCACUGUGGUGUCCAGCCCCACGCCACCAGCAACACUGGCAGAACCAGCCCCACGCCACACCGGGAGCACGGGGAGCACCAGCAGCACCUGGAGGAAGGAGCCGCACCCAGCCACGCGCAGUGUGGGGAGCACCAGUGGCGUGAGAAGUGCUAUCUGUCCCCUCGCCACACCGGGAGCCCUGCAGCACUGUGUUGUCCAGCCUCGUGCUGGAAGCAUGAGAGCGCUGCGGUAUCCCACCCCACACCGCACCGGGAGCACCGAGAGCACCGAGAUCCCCAUCCCGCUGCAAUGCACGGAACCCACAGGCCAGUUCGACAUGUGGCGGGACUACCUGGGGCUGGCAGCCAUGGUGUCCGCGCUCCUCCGUGACCCCGCAGGCCUUGAGGACCGCUCGCCGCCCCUGGGGCCCCUUGCUCCGUGUGCUGGGCCAGCUCCGUGUGCGGGGCCGGCUCCGUGUGCGGGGCCGGCUCCGUGUGCCGAGACAGCUCCGCGUGCUGGGCUGGCCCUGUGCUCGUUCUGCAAGCACAACGGGGAGGCCCCGGCCGUGUACCGGAGCCACAGCUUGCGGGACGCCCACGGCCGCCUGCAGUGCCCGGUGCUGCGCAGCUACGUCUGUCCCCAGUGCGGGGCCACUCAGGACCGGGCCCACACGCGCCGCUUCUGCCCCCGCACGCACCGUGGCUACACCUCCGUCUACUCCCGCCCGGUGUGCCCCAGGAGCGCCGGGAGGAGGCAGGGGAACACCAGGAUGUAGCCGAGAGAUGGAGGAUCCUUUGUCACCGCACAGGGACUUCCUCAGAAGAUGAGACCGUGGCUCAGCGCUUCCCACUGGGACCAGUCUCCCCAGUUUGUGCGACUUUGUGCCGCCUGCCAAUGUCGUAGGACCCAGAUCAGUCGGUCUGGCCGGAUUCGGGCACUGCCACCAGGGCCAGUUCUGUUUUGUGUUGGGUUUGAGUUUUGAGUUCUGAAUUUUGGUUAAUCCCAGGCUAGGAAGGGGCUGCUUCUCCGGCUGCCGGAGCCAUUACUGGAUGUUCUGAGCUGGACUGCUGAGUUUUGGUUAAUCCCAGCCCAGGAAGGGGCCAGCGCUCUGGGUGCCGGAGCCGUUACUGGAUGUUCUGGGUUGGAUUGUUGAGUUUUGGUUAAUCCCAGGCCAGAAAGGGACUGGGAGGGGGCCAGUGCUUCAAGUGUUGGAGCCUUUAUUCAAGCACUGGAGCUGUUACUGAGCAUUUUGGGUGGGUUUGGUGGGAUUUGUUCACCCAUGAUGGCAGGAGGAGCCUGGCAUUCAGUGCUGGAAGGUGGUUUAUUCAGUGCUGGAGGGUGGUUUAUUCCCAUUGUGUCCAUCAAUAAAUGGUUAUUCCUGA